AUGGGCUCCUUCUCUCUAUCUAAAGGCUCACAAGCUUCCAUUGUUAAGAUCGCCGGCGCGGGGUUUCGGCUCUCGCUGCUCCUCAAUGCUGCCGCUUGUCAACUCGCUCAGUCGAGACUGGAAAUUCAUAGCAUCGCCAAGGGAAUCUCGCUUUUCACUCUGGCACUCAAGCAUGUCGGGCAGACUAUUGAGGACACCGAUGUGGACAAGUCUCCAGAGGCAACAGAGAAGGCCUGGGAGAUCGCCGGACAAGGCCAGAUGAUAUUCAUCGAAAUCGAACACAUGCUGGACAAGUUGAAGGCAACCGACAGAGACGACUAUCUUAUGAGGAUCCCACUACAGGAGAGACUCAAAUGGUGUUUCCGGAAGCAGCAUGUCACUUACUUGCUAGCCCAGUUGGAAUCUCUCAAGCUCAGUCUGAUAGUGAUGCUACAAAUUCUACAGCUUGGCAAUGUUAUCAAAUCCAACGUUAACGAGGGGGCUGAUACAGAUUCCCUUACCUCCACCGCCGAAGAUGCCAUUGCCCAGGAGAAAGCGGAAUCUCAGAACAUGAUCAUCGUCCGAUAUUGGUCUGUCAAGCGGCUCGAUCGUCUGUGGGAUCUCGUGGAACAGGAGAUUUCGGAUGCCUCCAAUGACCUGACAAACCAGAGGAUCAGUUCCAAUUACUCGUCCAAUACAGCAUCGGCAUCGAAGCCAUUGGCCAGACGCUCUGAUCCAACAAGAUUCCCCAUCAUUACUCUUGGAGAUAGCGAUGUGGGACUUAGUGACAUGGAAAGAUCCCCGAAGGAUAUGGUGCAACUAUCUGAGAGCACAUUGAACCGGCUGCUUUCACUCUGGGUGCCUUUGAUUGAACCUUCGAAAUUACACCACGCCCGUAAGGGCUUCAGCCCAUCCAACACGCAAGUCCAACCUCGAGUCUAUGUCUCUUCAGACACCGAAGAAGAUGAUACCGAAGAGCUAGACUUUGAUAGUCACGAUAUCCGAGGUUACUACCUCGAGGGAUCAACAAUGGACUGGAGGGAACCUCAUUCACAAGAGGCUCGACAGCAUGCAGCAGAGCUACGCCGAAAGUACUCAAGCUACCAGGCUCACGUGGAAAGCGAACCAGAGCCGGAUGAACAUCUCAAGCAUCGAGAUAAGACUUGCAGCGACUCGGGAGUCAUCGACUCAAGUGACGAGAGCGAGCAAAGAUCCCAUACUCUUCGGCCCUCACACAGCACCAACCCAUUGCAAGGCCGCCGUUUCCAUUCCAACAGCCUCUCAUCCAGAUAUCCUCCGAGUCACAGCAGUCCCGACAGCAGAUCCCCCACAUACUCAAGCGGCAGCUUCCCACCUCCGAACCAUGCUCUACCCCGUCCUCCACCGCUGCCUUCACAUGCACAGCCUGGUCCUCCCCAGCAACCAUACAAAUACUACCCAAACCAAGACUACGCCACAGCUCCCCGAUCUAUCCCAACGAACAUGAACCAACCCAAUAACCCAGCCAUCACCAUUCCCAAUACGAAUCCCUCUCCCAGAGUCCCAUCGCCAAACCAAGUCCACUUCGAGCCCUCCAGGGCCCGAAAGCAGGCAUACAAUAAUAUCCCCAAGAGCAACAACAAACUCCAACCCCGCCAUCAUUCAUCCGCAUACCCGCUUUCCUCCUCAUCGCCCGAGUCUAGUUUCCGAGCCCCGCCGCCUCGCUCAAAUCAAUGGUCCCCGUCGUCGCACCCACGCCGAUCCUCGCGUGAAGAAGCCAAGGAUCGACAUAAGGCGUUGACUCGUAAUGCUACAAGGGGGUUGGUGGGGAUCGGGGCUAUUGCUGGGUUCAUGGAUGCGCUAGAGGCAUUUUCAAUUCUGUGA